AUGGAAGAAGAAAGACUCUGGAGAAAGCAGUUUCAAGACACAACCAACUCAUUGAAUGAAAGCCAACGACAGUCAGUACUUUCCAAGGCAAAGACGCUGCAAAUCUUGGCUGGUCCUGGUUCUGGAAAAACUCGAGUCUUGACUUGUAGGGCAGCCCACUUUGUUCUCAAUGAAAAGAUCAAGCCUCAGCAAAUCAUUGUAGUGACAUUUACCAACAAAGCAGCAAACGAAAUGAAGGAGCGAUUGUAUACCAUGAUCGGAAGCAAGAAUACGGACAACUUGGUCAUUGGCACUUUCCAUGCUAUAUGUGCUCGUCUUUUACGCUACAAUGCAGGCGUUGUGGAUCUUAAAUCAAACUUCACUAUUGCAGAUACAGAUGCUAGUCAUGAUAUUAUAAAGAGGCUUCAAAAGGAUCCCAAACUGCCCAUCAAUGAUUUCACCAGAAACAAACAAAAGCCAGGUGCUAUUUUCGGUAUCAUCAGUAAAGCAAAGAGUGAAGGCAUCACAGCACCAGAGUUUAGCAAUCUUUAUUCCCACAAAUAUGAAAGAAGAGACAUUGCUACAAUCUACACAGCCUAUGAGAAAGAACUGCAGCUGAACAAUCUAGUUGAUUUCGACAAUCUUCUUAUCAAGGCGUGUGAGCUCUUUAGGAAGAAAACCAGUGUGUUGGCCCAUAUCAAGGCUGUACUUGUAGAUGAGUAUCAAGAUACCAACAUCAUUCAGUACGAACUCAUCAAGUUAAUCACAAAAAACCAGCAUACUGACAAGAGCGUUACUAUUGUUGGCGAUCCAGAUCAGUCUAUCUUCAGUUUUAGAUCAGCUGAACCCGAGAACUUUAACAAAAUGCACAAUGAUUAUUCAGAUACCCAAAUCAUCAACAUGGACCAAAACUAUAGAAGCACAGGAGUCAUAUUAGAUAGCGCUCUACAUGUCAUUAAGCAAGACGUUAAACGUAUCGAUAAAUCUCUCUAUACAAACAACCCAGUGGGCAUCCCUAUCUCCCGCAUAUCUACAUACGACGAAGAUGAGCAGGCUACAUUUGUAGCAAAAGAAAUCAAGAAGGUCAUGAAAUACUCCAAGGGGCUGCUCGAUUACAAGGACUUUGCAGUACUGAUGCGUAUGAAUUAUAUUUCGCAAAAAUUCGAAGCUACUUUUAGGAAAUAUCGCAUCCCUUUCACUAUUAUUGGUGGUGAUAGAUUCUUUAACCGUAUCGAAAUCAAGGACAUACUCGCUUAUCUCAAGUUUGCAUACAACAACUUUGAUGUUACGAGCUACAGCCGCAUUAUCAAUGUACCAAAAAGAGGGAUUGGUGAUGUGACACUGACGAAAAUUGCAGCGUUUCAUGAGACCCGACCAGGUAACAGCAUGUUGGAAACACUGCACGCCAUAGGAAGAGGAGGCGGUGCAUUUAGCAAUCCCGUUUGUCAAAAGUUGAAGAGCUUGGCCACGCUUUGCGACGAUAUCAGGGCCAUGAUUGACCAAAAGAUAUCUGUCUCUGAAAUCCUCGUGUUCAUCACUGAAGCAAUCGGAUACAAAGAGUACCUGAAAGAGAAGUACUUUGCGGAUCAUGAAGCUAGAUGGAACAAUAUUGGUGAACUUAUCUCUUUGGCCAAAGCAGAAACUUAUCUGGGAGAAGAUGAUGAGCCAGCCAUGUCACAAAGCCAGGCGCAACAAUCUCAAACGCAACAAAGCCAGAACGCUCAAGGUCUCGAUGAUUUGGAUAUAAUUGAUGCUGAGGUGGUUUCAGACGAUGGCAGUGAUAAUGGAGAUAAAGUAGAGAAGGAUGCUCUGGAUGAUGAUGAGGAACUCUCUGGCUUUGCUGCCGAUGAUGAGACUCUUCAUAAAUCCACUGUCCAUGAUGAGGAUUUUCCUGACUUUGCUGCCCACGAUGAAUCUAUUGCCGAUUUCACAAGUUACUUUUCAGAUGAAGAGAUUAACUUGACCAACAUCACAGAAGAACAAGAAAAGAAAUCCUUCCAUUUCGCGCAAAAAGAGUAUGAUCAGACUAAGGGCUCAGACAAUGCUAAGAAGGAAGAGCAAGAAGAGAACCUUGGCUCUCAAUUCCCUAAUUACCAGCAUGAACUGGAUUCAAUUGUCGAGUUCUUAGAGUACUGUUCCUUGAGUGCCAAUCAGAAAGAACAAGAUGAAGCAGAGGGAGGCAGAGUUACUGUGUCUACUAUGCACGCUUCCAAGGGUUUGGAAUGGCCUUGUGUGUUUGUGGUCACUUGCUGUGAAGGUGUUGUGCCUAUGCACCAUGAUCCAGAUGUAUCAGAAGAAGGUCGUCUAUUAUAUGUGGCCAUGACAAGAUCGAAAUUCUUGUUAUAUUGUAUCACACCAAAGAAACGAAAUUUCUGGGGCCAAAUGGAAAAAAGCGAGCCAACCCGCUUUUUCAAAAGUAUGGACAGGAAGCUAUAUACAACACAAUCGCCUGAAUGGACCAACGAAACGAGAUCCAUGUUGGCUGUUACGAUAGGCAAACUUGCUCCCCUGGAUGAUGAUGAUCUGGUCACAGAUAAAAAGAAGAGCGGCAACAAGAAUACAGCAGACUACUCUACUCAAUACACUGAUUCUCAAUCUCAGGGCUUCUACUCGCAAUUUCAAAGCUCACAGCCAUCAUCUUUCGUCAAAACUGAAAGUAAGCCCUCCUUUGGUGGAUUUGUAUCAGCCUUAACUAUCCCUGAUGUGAGACCAUCCACAUGCCCAACAAAACGCAAAUUUCAGCAGGGCAAAUCACAAAAGCAGAAGCGUACUGCAAGACAACCAGCCGCAUUUGAUCUCCAACCCAAUGUAAAGGCUGAACCUUUGGUGAAGCCUGAGCCUGCUGUCAAGCCAGAGCCAAUUGAUCGACAUCUCUAA